AUGGCACAAAAUUCCAAUUCCCAAAAACAUCCUCACUUAAAAUCAAUUCGUUUAAUUGAAUUGAGCGAUCAUAUUCUGCGUUUGCAUCGUCGUGAAAAUGCGCAACUUGACUUACGUUUGCAACAGCUAGAUCGACGCGAGCGAGUUAUUCUCGCAAAUUAUGAUCGAGAGAUCUGCUAUCGACGUUUGCAAUUAGCUCAGAUUUACAAAUCAUUAGAUGAACCUUCUCCUGCCGCCAGCCCAUCGCAUCGAGGAGGAACACCGAUAUCAUUCUAUUCGAUUAAAAUGCGUCGCCAUCAAUCAGCGCCACCGGAUAGGCAAAGAGAGAAAAUGGAAAAUAAUGAACAUGGAAGGCCAACGACAACGGCAGAUUCCUUCCGAGCAAAUAAACGAGCGAUGAGCGUAUUCCGAGAAAUAACAGUCAAACAGGAAUUGCCAUCGUUAAAUGAUAUGCUCGUUUUUGCGGAUAUCGACAAGAAAUCUUCGAAAAACCCAUGGAUCCCUCGAUCGAAAACAAUGUUUAACUUAAAAGAAGAUUACUGA